AUGUCAACAUUGCCCGUCCUUCAUGGGUUUUGUACUACAACCAUUUCCGGUGACAUGUUGGACGGUUGUGCUUUCAAUCCACUUAUGGCCGUGACAGAGCAAACGGGCUGGGUUCUUUCCCAAGAGAACUGCGGCCAGAUUAUUGGGGCAACGGAAGCUUUCGACAUUCCUCCGGUGAUAUAUUACGACUCUGCGGAUCCGUUGAAGAUGUAUACGCUGAUUUUUCUGGAUAUGGAUGGCGCUCAUGAGGAGGACCGAGUGUUUUUGCAGUGGUUGGUAGUUAAUGUACCGGAAUCAGCAUUGGUACAAGGAAUGACGUACAUGGACGGCGAUACAGUUAUGGACUAUCUAGCACCCAAUCCAGGAACCUACGAGCACCGGUACGGACUCUACCUGUACGAACAGGUUUACGGUACCAGCUAUCCGCCGCUGCCGAACGCUCGCGAGGAGUUCGAUUUGACCGGUUGGAUUAAUUCGAUUUUCCCCGAGGGCGCACUUUGUGGUCCGGUUGCGUCGAUUGGAUUCUGCGCGUAA